AUGACGAGGACAGCAAAACAACAUAACACAUUAUUUGAAUCAUUUUUUGCCCGUUUAAAAGAUGACCCAAUUUUGGAUGAGGAAGCUGAUAAUUCAGAAGAAUCGUUAAGAAAAAUAAGUAAUUUGAAAGUAAAAUAUCGUUUUGGUGAUUAUGGCUCAUACAGAGAUAUGUUAAAAUAUAUGCGUACAAUCGAAUUUUAUUAUCCACAGAUAACAAAACUUGUACGAAUUGGUGAAUCACAUGAAGGUGCACCAAUUGAAGGGUUAAAGAUUGGUUAUCCAAUUAGCGAUAACAAUAAGCGAGCAUUUUGGAUUGAUGCUAAUAUUCAUGCAAGAGAAUGGGCUUCAAGUCAUACUGCGCUAUAUUUUAUUAAUCAGUUAGUCUCAGGAUUCGAAGUGGAUCCGGUUAUAACACGUUAUGUAAGAUCCAUUAAUAUUUACAUCUUUCCAUGUUUGAAUCCAGAUGGCUAUGAAUAUACACGAUCAAAACCAAAUCCUCAGGUUCGAUUGUGGCGCAAAAAUCGUUCACCACAAAAGUGCAUUCGUUCAUCAUGGGGUGGGCGCAGAUGUUGUGCAGGGGUUGAUUUGAAUCGUAAUUUCGAUUUUCAUUGGGCUGAAGUUGGUUCAAGUGAAAAUCCCUGUUCAUACUUAUAUCAAGGUGAAAGCGCAUUUAGUGAACCAGAAACAAGAGCAGUAAGAGAUUUCUUAUUAUCACCUGAAAUGCGAGGUAAAUUAGAUGGUUUUAUAACGCUUCACACAUACGCACAACUAUGGAUACAUCCAUACAGUCAUGAAGUGGAAUCAUUUCCUGAUAAUUAUGCACAAUUGAAACGUACAGCAAAACGUGCAGUUAAUCGAUUGAAGAGAGUUUAUGGAACACAAUAUAGGAUUGGUACUGGUGCUGAUAUUUUAGCACCAGCAUCUGGUGGCUCAGAUGAUUGGGCUAAAAAUACACUUGGAGUAAAAUUUGUUUAUUUGGUUGAACUUCGGCCUCAAUUAGAAUUAUUAAAUGGAUUUAUUUUAAAUAAAAAUGAACUGAUUCCAACAGCUGUUGAAACUUGGGAAGGCGUUCGAACAGUCAUAGAUGAUGCCAUCCGUGCUAAUGAAUUAUUAAAUGUAAAAUCAAUAACCAAUGAAUCUCUCUCUAUACUAGGCCAAUUUAUCAAACAUAAAAUAUCAAGAAAAAUUCAACAAACUGAUGGAAUUUCUCGUACAUUAGCUGGUAUUAAAAUUACACCUGAACUUCCAAACAUUGAUGAUAAUAUGCGCUCGAGAUCGAUCAAUAAUUCAAUUGUUUAUUUUCAAAAUGGUACCAAUACAUUGGUACAAUCAAAUAAUUUGACGAAUAAAAUUAAUAAUUUUAUCGAAUCUAUCAAUAAUCAAAAUAAUUCAUUGAUAACAAAUGCUGUUAAACCAUUUCAAAUUAUCCAUUCAAAUCAUAAAGCAAUAAUAACCAACCAGUUAAAAUUAUUAAAUCAAACUCAUCGAAUUACAUCGCCUAUAAUAUUUCAUUCUAAAUCAUCAUCAUUAUCAUCAUCAUCAUCAUCAUCAUCAUCAUCAUCAACAACAAUUAAUCAUUUUAGCAAUAGCACUCAUAGGCAAUUUUUAAAUUCAAAUUGUAAAGAUAUUCGAAAUUCAUGUAAAUUUUGGUUACAAAUUAAUCCAAAUAUAUGCAUGGAACAGUAUAAAAUGAUGAAAAUGCAAUGCAUGCGCACUUGUGAAUAUUGCAUUUAUUUAAAAUAA